AUGGUGAAUGAUCGCUGGAAAAUCAUGAACAGUAUUUCAGAACUCGAAGAUGGAGCGCAGCGGAAGCCCCAGAGGAUGACCUGUAGUUACCUCCUUUGCACCGUCCUGUUCUUUGUGGCAGUUCUGCUCGCUGUCACGGUAACUGGCACCAUCCUCUUCAUGAACUAUUACCAAGCUCUGCCCAUGUCGGACGGACCUCCUCUCAUCAGAACCAAUCAGGAAGAAGGCAGUGCCCUGGUCUCUGUGGAGCGGGGUGAUGGGUCCCGUAUCAGCAUUUUUAUUGACCCUAACUGUCCCAACUACAACAAGCACUUCCUGCGUCUGGAGGGAGCACAGUCCUCCCUGCUGCACUCCCUCACUGACCACGACUCUGACCUCAGAUCUGUGAAGGGUCGGGACCGAGCCCUGCUGGUCAGCCUGGCGCAGGAGCUGGCCGGGCUCUCCGCUCACGCCGGCCAGCUGAAGCUGCAUUACGAUGCUCUGAGUCGCGGGCAGGAGGACCUCGGCCAGGAGCUCAGCACUCUACAAACCGAGCAGGGCAGACUCAUUCAGCUGCUGUCAGAGAGUCAGGUUAACAUGAUGAAGGUGGUGAGCUCUGUGAGUGAGGCAGUCAGCGCCCUGCAGAGAGAGACAGACAGCAUAAAGAGCCAUCUGAAGACAGAUCUACAGAGAGCAGCCGUAAGAGGGGUACGGCCCAAAGCCUGCGCCAACGGUAAAGGGACCAAGCCGCGCGACUGCAGUGACAUCUAUGCCAGCGGCCACAGACAGGACGGCAUCUACUCCAUCUUCCCUACACACCUCCCAUCCGGCUUCCAGGCCUUCUGUGACAUGACCACAGAUGGAGGAGGCUGGACAGUGAUCCAACGCAGAGAGAAUGGAGCAGUGGACUUCUUCCGGGGGUGGGACGCGUACCGCGAUGGCUUUGGGAAGCUCAGCAGGGAGCACUGGCUGGGGAUGAAGCAGAUCCAUGCCCUGACCAGCCAGGCCAACUAUGAGCUGCGGAUUGACCUGGAGGACUUUGAGAAUAACACCGCAUUUGCCCAGUAUGGAACCUUUGCAGUGGGACUCUUCUCAGUCAACUCUGAUGACGAUGGAUAUCCACUGACCAUUGCUAACUACUCUGGCACUGCAGGUGAUUCCUUGCUGAAGCACAAUGGGAUGAAGUUCACCACUAAGGACCGGGAUAAUGACCACUCUGAGAGCAACUGUGCGUCCUUCUACCAUGGGGCCUGGUGGUAUCGUAACUGCCACACUUCCAACCUGAACGGUCAGUACCUGAGCGGACAGCACACGUCGUAUGCGGAUGGCAUCGAGUGGUCGUCCUGGACCGGCUGGCAGUACUCCCUCAAGUUUACUGAGAUGAAGAUACGACCCACAAGGGAGGAAAACAAGUGA